GCUUAGCUACGACGCCGGCGGCUGGCACCCCCGAGCCAGAAGCCAAGAAGCAAAAUGGCGGGAACGGAGCAGCGGCUGACGAGGACGAUGCAACACAGGACCAGCAAGUUUCUCUAACCGAAGGGGGGCCUGGCGAGGAGGACGAAGAGGUCGUCCAUGAAGUGCGAGCCAAGGCCCUGCGGCAUGUUCCGGCGAAGCCCGAUGAUGACGAUGGAGACAAGAAGAAGGGCAAUCCUUGGCAGCCCGAGGGCCUCGGCCCCCUCCGCGUGCUCAAACACAAGUCCACAGGUGCGGUGCGCAUCCUGCUGCGCACCGAGCCCAGUGGCAGGGUGGCCAUGAAUAAGCUUGUGCUGCCAAACUUUUCCUACAAGGUUGACGCAGGCGCCAAGUGGAUCAAGGUCACGACGGCGAAGGAUGAUGGCAAGGGCCUGGAGACGUGGAUGAUCCAGGUCAGGAACAACGAGUUCGCUGUCAAACUUGCUACGGUGCUGGAGGAGAACAAGGAUGCCAACAAAUGAGACAGGAAGAACCACUCUAUCUCACAAGAGAGAGAUCUUGGGGAAGAAGUAGUAAUCAAGGAGGAUCCACGAUAAACUGUACAAAUUGUAUGAAAGGAGAAAAGAUAGUCGGGACCAAGUGGUUGCAAUGCGACAGAUAUCCCGCGCAAUAGGAACACAUAGUACCGUUGACCAAGUGGCUCAUAAACUACUCAAGAAAAACAAGAGGGGGCCAGGAGAAGAGUUCAAGCGAAUGGGCAGAGAGCAGCUCGUGCCUUGGUCCUUCAUGCACCACCGAUGGGAAAGUUGAUAAUGGGGCUUAGGUACGGCUCAGCUCGUUCAUUUUUUUUUUUUCUCCUUAUUUCUGCAGCAUAGCAUUCAUGGCAAUGGCACUGGCACUGGUACGGGUGAGCAUCUUGUUGGGAGCACAAAAGAACAACCAAAAUUUCUAUGAUUUUUAUCUCGAUGAGAGGUUCCGGCAUUCUUGGUAUCCAGUAUGGACGACGAUAGCUCGAAAGCCCACAUUGGCUUUCAGAUUUUUUUUGUAUAAA